ACUGAAUUAUUCUAAUACGCAAAACGUCAAACUCAAACGUCAGUUUAUGUGAAUAUUGUUUUUUUUUCGUGUUAUUAAUUCCAAAAGUUAUUAAAAUUACUAUAUAUUAACCAUAACCUUACAUAAGAUUAACGUAUUUUUAUUACCAGUGCUUAUUUACCUUAUUUAGAUCAUAAUAUUUUGAGCCACUUCCGUCAUUGCACAACAAAGAAACGAUAUCUACAUUUCAAUUCCUGAAAAUCUGUUAGUUUUUUUUACUUUUUAAGCAGCAUGACUAUGGAUUACGUUACUGCCCUCAAAAUUCUUGUAAUUGGAGAAAGUGGUGUUGGAAAAUCUAGUAUAAUUCUGGCAUUUACUACUGGUGACUACAAUGCCUCAUUCCCAGCGACUAUAGGAGUUGAUUACAAAUGUAAGGUGAUGGAUGUCAAUGGUUUGAAGGUCAAACUUGGUAUUUGGGACACGGCUGGGCAGGAACGUUAUAGAACAUUAACAAACAGCUUUUACAGAGACGCACAUGGAGCUAUUUUAGUAUAUGAUGUAUCAGAACCAAAAACACUGCAAAAGUUGAAUGAAUGGGUCGAAGAGUUGCAAGUGUAUUCCACGAAGAAAAAUAUCGUUUGUUUAGUUGUUGGCAAUAAAAUUGACAAGCCACGCGCAGUAUCCAGAGAAGCUGGUCAGGCGUUCGCGCAAAAACAUAGAAUGCUCUUUAUAGAGAGCAGUGCGAAAACUCAAGAGGGAAUCAAUUUGGCCUUUGAGGAGUUAGUACAAAAGAUCAUAGAAACGCCGGGCCUCUGGGAGUCCACCGGCUCAUCUUCUAAUAUCCGCAUAUCAAAUGAUGAAAGAAGACAGCAAGAAGAAUCUUCGUGUUAUGACUAUUCCUGUUCUAUUUAGUAUAUAACGCUGUACAUAUUUCACAGGUUGGCUGUAUGGAGGAAUUUUAUUUCUUAUUUACAAAUUAAGUACAUGAUAGAAAUACGACGAAUUUUCAAAUAAAAUGUGUUAUAAAAUAAAACAUGACCAAAUACCUCGUUUCCACAUGAUCCUUCUGGGUUCUUCUACUCCUCGGCACGAGGAAUCGCAUGUCCUUAUACUUAUAUAAUGUUUUAUAUCCAAUAAGUACAUUCAGAUACAGAUUAAAAAGUAUACAUUUUUACAAACAAAAUUUUAAAAAAAACGACCCUAAAAUUUACUACAGGUCUAAAGUCAUUCGUGAAUUUGCAACGUUGAAGCGAUAUUGGGUAUUCAUUAUUAAAGUAUUCAAGGCUAGGCAUGCUGUUUUAGCAAUGUUUUGUCUCCAUGUCUUUCUUCAUAACAGAUACGAUACAGGCCACAUGUCACGUCAAAAGUCACCCUCUCGAAUUUUCGACACGGAAAGAAACGUAACCCUUUUUAAUAUAGGACCAACCGAUUUCGUUAAGUUUAACUGAAAAUAAUAGAAGGACAGUACCAAGAUCUACAAGCCGGAUAUUAAACUUUUGUUUAAGUUAAAUUUCUACAUUUUCCUUCCAAGCCUGUCCAUGAUAAUAAGACCUCCCAAACCCUUAGGAAAAUCAAAUAAUAGUUCAUUAAUACUGGCACUGUCAUAAUCAGAAUAAAAUUGAGUGCAAUAAUCAUUUGUAAAAUAGUGACAUAACUCUUAUCUUCUCGAAAUAAAUGCAAAUGUUAAGGUAUAGCAUUCGUUUCCUGCAAGGAUCCACAAAGAUCUUUGUGAAUGGUAAAUAAUUGACGGAAAGGGCUCCAGGGUCGUAUUUAGAGGUCUCUAGGCUCUGACGUAACAAAGAAGUGCGGUGAAUUAUUUUCUAAACAAAUUGAACAAUAAUUUUCAAUCGUGUGUUUGAAUAAUUUAUUGAAGAAAAAAUUUUAUUCUCCUAAAUCAUUGUAAAUAAAAUCUAUUUAUGGUAAGAUACAGCAAUUGUACUUGCAUUUUACUAUAUCUAUAUAUACACUGCAUACAAUAUAGUUAGCCGUCGGAAUUGGGAUGUUAUUUAUUUUAGAAAUCUAUUGUGGUGACCCAUCUCUUAUGAAUGCCUCGGGGUUACACUCCCGGAUGGGCAACCGGAAGGGAUCCUCUAAAUCGGUUCCAUUCAGUGUUUUGAUUUAUAAAAGACAUUAACAUUUUUUUGUUAUAAACAAAUGCAAGGCAGUUGCAAACUUUAAUAGUUAUCAUCAUCAUUACCCAGUUACAAUCCACUGUAGGACAUAGGCCUCUUCCAAAGUGCCCUAAAGCUCCCGGUUUUCCGCAUUCCGUAUCCAGUCGGGGCCAGCCACCUUUUUAAGGUCAUAUAGUAGGAACAUGAAAAUAUAAUUAUCUCUGUGGUGGUCAAAAAGACAUUUAAGUUCUCGUACUCCUAUGGAGUAGAGGACCCAUUAUGGGCUUGUGGAAACGCCCACGAGAUAAUAUCAUCUAUGAUGUACAUCCUUAAAACUAAACAUUUAAAUAAGUACAUUUAUAAUAUCGUUAAUUUAUUUUGAAGAUUACAACAAUAAAAAGCCAACCUUUAUGUGCAAUGUGAUAUUUUAUAAAGUCUGCUUUUGUAAAUAUAUAUUUUUUUAAAUUGUGCACAGAUAUACAUAGUAUGGACUCGGGUGUCUGUCAAAGAGGCGAUUUAUGAAUUUUAGGCAUUUGAUACACCUAAGUUGACACUGAUAAACUGUUUAAAAAUUAUAACUUUUAUUUAUUUAUUACAACGGAAUAUUCAUGUAAAAUUAUUCAUUGAAUUCUUCUAAAUAUUCACUUAAAUUAUUAUCAUAAUCAGACAUUUAUCUAUCACAAAAUAUCAUUUAAAAAUAAAUAUUUUACUAAUAACUGGGAACGCUUAAUUAUGGUUCGUCUAUCCAGUCUCGAAUCGAGAAAAUGAUCCAUCAAAAAGUCCUGAAAUGGCAAUUAUUCUCGCCCAGUACCAAGCUAGAUGGCCUAGCCUAUAUUGACGAGUCAUCAGAAUUCUGACAGUAGAUAACGAUCAGGGGUUUUCGAUUCUAGACAGACGAAAUUAGGUUCGAUAUCUUUGAACUUAUGAGUUCAUAAAGUCGAUCCAAACUGCAUUAGGACACAAUUUAUAUAAGUCGCAACGAAUUUUUAUCUUAUGCUUAAAAAGUUAAAGUUCAAAAUCGUAUCGUUUAUUAUUAAUUACAGGUAGUCCAUGCUAGAUCUUUGAAUUAAAUUAAAUUAGCUGUCACUCACAAAAUUAGUCUGAUAAUUAAAUAUAUAAAAUAAGCCUUUUCUAUGAGUAGAAAAUAUAAGUAAAUUCUGGUAAAUAUUUUUUAGAUGUGUAUAAAAAAUCUAAAUCAUCCCUAAUAGAAUGUUUUAUUAUUUAAUAAGGCGCUAGUGAGCUAUUAUUGUUGUGUUAAUCAUUUUUAUAAUCUAUAAAUUUAUUGUCUGUGGAAUAUUAAUUGUGGGUUUUAAUAGGACCAAAGUGCAAAAUAAAGUGCUGAUUAGUAAAA